GCUAGGCAAGUGCUCUACCAUUGAGCCAUUUUCCCGGCCCUAGUGAUUUCUAAUGAUAAGUAGCAACUGUUGAGCUCCUAAUGUGUUCUGUAGACUGUCAAAUGCUUUACCUCUGUCCACUGUCAUCUCAAGUCCUCUUCACUACUGUGCAAAACAGACUUCAGUGUCUUUGUUUCUCAGGCAAAGAUGGGAAUUUUUGUCACCAGCUCAUGAGCCCUUCCUUGUCAGUGGAGGCUUUGGCUCAAGUCUGAGAGAGGAGUUCAGACAGCCUUCCCUUGGGAGCUUCCCUAAUAAGCUCUGCCUUUGUGGGGCACUUGUGACACAAUGAAGAACUGGCCUUGACCUGACUCCUAAGAACUAAAAGUGUAAGGGACACCUGCAGAGGCAAUAGGGCCCACUUGGUAUGAUGUGUGGUAGGGAAAUAUGGGGACUAAAGGAGGGACAUCUUAAAUCCCCCAGCAUCAUUGUUCAUAUGGUGCUUUCUCUUUUCCAUUUUGGAGUAGAACACUCAGCUUCCUGUAGGGUGACAGGCUUGAGUCUGUAUGUGAGCCUCUGACUUAUGUUCAUGGUCCUGUGAAGAUGCUCAUGAUGUAUUGGGUGACAUAGCAUCUUAUAAAACUUUAGGUGUCCUCUGGUUUUAUAUGAAAAUAUUUUUUAAAGUCUGGUAGGAUGUGCUUCAAGAUUGUAGGUGGUAGGGUUUUUCAUUUGUUGUUUUGUUCCUUAUAACUUUAUUAUAUGAAUAGGUAUGUGUUUUUAUCCAUAAGAUAAUUAUGUACUACCUGAAAAGUCAGGAAAAACAGUAAGGCUGUUCUUAUUUUUUGUGGAAAAUAAAAGGGCUUCCAGAUCAACCUUGUAUGUGGCAGAUGGAGAAAAAUCCAUAAGAGGCUGGUGAUAGGGCCUCUGCAUGCAUCUGGUGUUAAACAGUCCUUAAGGUUCCAUUUAAAAAAAUAUUCCAAAUUUGUCUCCACUUCAGGUUAUUGUCACCACUCACUAUAAUUUCUUAGGCAUCUUUCCCAUGACUAGCACCAAUCUAGGCUCCAUCCAUUCUCCUUUCCCUCUAGACUCCUUCUGUCCCUGUCUCAGGGCUUAGCACUUGCUGUUCUCCCUGCCCAGAGCUUCUUCCAAAUCACCGCAUAACUGGCUAAUCUUUGUGCCCUCCUCUGACCCCACAUCAUCCAAAUACAGUGUCCCUUUCUCCACUUAAAAUCCCAUUGCCAUCUUGUAUAUGUGUUCCUGUACACAUCCCUUUUGUUCCUUUGUUGAUCAUUUGUUCCUGGGAUGAGUUCCUUAGUUCUAGCUCUCUGCUAUGUUCCGCAGGCCCUCUGAGACAGGUGUCCUGGGUAUUUGUGAUGUGUCUCCUGGUGCUUUCCUUAGGUCCUGGGGUUUAAUGGUUGUAGAGGAAGUAGGAGGCAGGCUGCUCACGUAUGUCUCUGGGGUUGUGCUGGUUGGAUGUGCUAAAAUCUGCCUGCUAAGUGACCUUAUUCUAACCUUUCCCUGAGUUUCUGUGGAGAGGUUGAGUGCGUCACUUGCAGACCAGUGUGAGUGCUGAGUCCCUAGCUGACAUUAGGCCCUGUGUUGACUUCUCUGCCACCCUGAUCCUCUGUCAGAGCAAGAUGGGGGUCCUGAGGUUGCAAGGAGGUGAGUCAUGGAAUGCCUGCCUGCAGGUGGUGCAGCUGAAGGCCGUGUUCCCACAUGGUGCAGGCUUCGUGCUGGCCUUCGAGUUCAUGCUGUCAGACCUGGCAGAGGUGGUGCGCCAUGCCCAGAGGCCGCUGGCUCCAGCACAGGUCAAGAGCUACCUGCAAAUGCUGCUCAAGGGUGUGGCCUUCUGCCAUGCCAACAACAUUGUGCAUCGGGAUCUGAAACCUGCCAAUCUGCUCAUCAGUGCUUCAGGCCAGCUCAAGAUAGCAGACUUUGGUCUAGCCCGGGUCUUUUCUCCUGAUGGCAGCCGCCUCUACACACACCAGGUGGCUACCAGGUGGUACCGAGCCCCUGAGCUCCUGUAUGGUGCCCGCCAAUAUGACCAGGGCGUUGACCUAUGGGCUGUGGGCUGCAUCAUGGGGGAGCUAUUGAAUGGGUCCCCUCUUUUCCCCGGAGAGAACGACAUUGAACAGCUUUGCUGUGUGCUUCGCAUCUUGGGCACCCCUAGCCCUCAAGUCUGGCCGGAGAUCACAGAGCUGCCAGACUACAACAAGAUCUCCUUUAAGGAACAGGCGCCAGUGCCCCUGGGGGAGGUCCUGUCGGACGCCUCUCUUCAGGCCUUGGACCUGCUGGGUCAGUUCCUCCUCUACCCUCCUCGCCAGCGCAUUGCAGCCUCCCAGGCUCUCCUGCAUCAAUACUUCUUCACAGCUCCCCUUCCUGCCCACCCAUCUGAGCUGCCAAUUCCCCAGCGCCCAGGGGGGCCUGCUUCUAAGGCCCACCCGGGACCUCCUCAUGUCCAUGACUUCCAUGUGGACCGGCCUCUUGAGGAGUCGCUGUUGGAUCCAGAACUGAUUCGGCCCUUUAUCCCAAAGGGGUGAGAUGCUGGCGCAGGUCCUGCCUGACCCUCAGAAGUACCUGGGCUGCUUGUUUGUCCGCCUCCUGCCUGAUUCCACCUUCCCGGGCCUUCCCAGGGCCACACUGGACUCACUCCACACUAGCCUUUCUCCCACUGUGGCCUGCUCCUUAACCUCCUUGAUGGGGGUUCCAGGGUUCCAAGGAGGCAGAGGUCACGUUUCAGCCAAGGCAAUGAGGAUGUCUAGCCAAGCAGAGGAGGAGACCAUUGUGCUGCAUUCUGUCCCAAGACCACCCAUGCAGUGGCUCUACCCUCCUCCAGGACAUUCCUGUUAGAAGCAUCUGGGAAGUGCAGAGAGAAAGGUAUUCUCAUGUUGGGAACCUGAGUGGGCAGGUAGGUUUGUUUUGGUUCUCAGUGAACACUCUUAAUUCAGGAUUUAAGAUUUAUAUAAAAGCCCCAAAUGACUUUGCCUAUGUCUCAUCCUCCUCUGUUUCUACUAAGGGAGAGGGUAGAAGUGACAGUGUCUCCUGGCCCUCACCUGAAAGGUGACUGCAAGCACAGCUGCUUUGCCCUGAGGGCUUCCUGUGGCUUCCCGUGACUGAGUGCUUAUUUGGAAAUGAGGUAGAGGGAAGUCUAGGUCCAGGGAUGGGCAGGCUGAGGAUUCAGCAGUGAAGUCUUCGCCUAUUAGGAUGUUACUAAGGAUGAGGGUGAACCAAAGCAGCUGUGCAAGUAAGGAAACCUGGCAGACCUGGAAUUCAUUUAUUCAAUAAAUCCUAGUACAACCCCAA